GCCAAUCAGAAGAGCGAACGUCGGUAUCGCGCGGAAUUCGUCUUCGUCGCUUUUUCAAUGUUCGCGGGAAACUGAGCAUUUCUGAAUGAAACACCUAUCCAGCAGGAGCUAUGACUCUUUUUCACCAUGUUGUUGAUCGAGGCGUUAUUAAAAGAAGAUGUAAUGGUCAGCGUCGGCGCUAUCCGCUGUCCUCUCUGCUGGACGGAUACCAGUGCGCUCGACAGGACGAACACACUUCAUACGGAGCCUCGCCUGCUGCUGUGCCGCCGUUUGGAUGCACAUUUUCCUCUGCUCCUGGUCAACAGAGCAGCCUUGCUGUUGCAAACGAGGAAGGGUUUGUGACCAUCUUCAAUACCGGAGAAAAACAGAGCUCUGUGCUGAAAGAGUGGCAGGCACACGAUAAUGCAGUUUUUGAUAUUGCCUGGGUUCCUGGUGCAAACAGCUUGGUAACAGCGUCUGGUGACCAAAUGGCCCGUCUGUGGGAUGUUAUUACUGGUGACCUGCUAGGAACAUUUAAAGGACAUCAGUGCAGUCUUAAAUCAGUGGCUUUUUCCAAGCAAGAGAGAGCUGUUUUUAGCACUGGAGGCAGAGAUGGGAACAUAAUGAUUUGGGACACAAGAUGCAGUAAGACCAUUAAAAUGUGGGAUUUGCGGAAGAACUACACUGCAUACUACCACAACCCCCUCCCUCUACAGGCCUAUCCUUACCCAGGCUCCUGCACACGCAAACUUGGUUAUUCUGGUCUGUCACUGGACUCCACUGGCUCCAGACUGUUCUCCAACUGCACAGACGACAAUAUCUACAUGUUCGACAUCAGUGGUUUGAAAACAACUCCAGUUGCUGUGUUCAGCGGUCACAGUAACUCCUCAUUUUAUGUGAAGUCCAGUGUCAGCCCAGAUGACCAGUUCCUGGCCAGUGGUUCAAGUGACCAUCAUGCUUAUAUAUGGAAGAUUCCAGACCCGAAACAAGCUCCCAUGAUGCUUCAGGGCCAUAGCCAGGAAGUCACAUCAGUGGCCUGGUGCCCCAGCGAUUUCACCAAGAUUGCUUCCUGCUCUGAUGACAACACUGUUAGGAUCUGGCGCUUGAAUCGCAGACCAGACGGAGAAAACUCAUCGAACCGAGACCCAAACCUUGUAGGCUGGACACUUCGUAAAAUCCAAUCACCACCCAGAGCACCUGGCCCUUACAGCCCUGUUGAAAUCACUCCAGCCAAAAGUUCUGGAUGCGAGAGGGCUGUCUCUCUGGCUUCACCCCAGCCUGCUGCUUGCGCCCCUAUGGGUGCUGAUUUACCCCUGCCAUCAAACACAUCUGCACCUUCGGCCAAAGUCAGCAGCCCCAAAAUGCCCUCGUCCAUCCAGCAGUGGAUCAGCCGCGGUACAUCUCCUCUUCGUAAGGUGCUCACACCUGUCCUCCAGGGCCCUUCCUCCGAACGCCGCGCAAAGCGCCGACUGGAAACAGGUGAUGGGUCUGGUUUGGGAGAGGAGAGUGACGGGGUGUCUGAACUGUAUCCUGACGUAAAGAGGAGCAGGAGUUCAGUAAGCGCACAGAAUGAGAAAGGUGAUCUAUUCAGUUUGCAAACAGAGGAGAGGCUCAGCUCGGCUGGACAAGCUGGCACUGGCAAAGAGAACAGCUCUCCGAGGAGGACUGAUUGGCUUUCUGUGAUCAGCCAGAGAUUUAAAGGAUCCGCUCAACCAAAAAGCCCCAACGGUGGCAGCAAACGGCACGAUGCAAGAACACACAGCUCUCCAGCAGCAGUCUCACCAUGUCCAAUAAGAGUUGUCUCUUCACCGCCAACCAAGAAAGCAUCACCAUCCAGACCCACGAAAAAAAUCUCUUGCUACUUUGUGAAAAGAACCCAAGACUGAUCAUUGUGUGGCAAGAUAUCCGAGACUGUGUCUCAAUAUGACACAUCUAUGGUUUAAGUUCAGGUCCAGUUUUUUUGAGACCAAGCUUAUGUAUUUAUGUAUGUGAUGUGUAUAUAUUCUUUUUAUCGAAUUGUUUUUAAAUAUGUAUACGUUUCAAAAAGGGUCAUAUUGAUGAUCGUUUCGGUAAACGUUACGAAGUCAUUCGACAACGCAAUUAAACUCUACAAGUUUUCUGAA